UGCCUUUACUAAUCUGUCAAAAUAUAUACUUAUUCGAUGCUCACAUACGUUCAUUAUAAUGUGCAAGAAGUCAAGCUGCUGGAAACGUCUGAAUAUAUGCUCCAAAUACAGGGCCUGCAUUUUCUGGGCGGUUCUUAAUAUAGUUUUUGGCAUUGGUUUCAUACCCUGUGUCAUUAGUUUUGUGAAAGAGCAGGAUUUUCCAAUGGUAAUUGCCAUUUUGGGCUGCCUAUGUGGAAUUGAGUUGGCAUUAUCUGGUCUGUUGCUACUAAUUGGCGUCCUUAAGGGCGUACGAAGUCUGGUAUGUACCUCUAUAAUAAUAUGUGGCAUGGGCAUUUUCUUCAUCCACUGGACAAUUCUUCCCCUAGUGCUAUAUUUUAUUUUUUCCAUUGUGGCGUUUACCUACUAUCAAGUGGAUAUGGCUCCUGAUGAUCGUUAUCGAACACCUAGGCGAUGGCUUUAAAUAUAUUCAUAUAA